AUGUCCACGGCCACCGCGAUGCAGAGGGUGCUCCUCGCCCUGACAAACUUCAAGUCGCCCAUCCUGCGCGCCGUCGUGCCCUGCGGUGUCGCCGCCGUCGCGCUGCAGGCCCUCGCCGCCGCGCCGUCCGUCGCCGCCCGCUCCGAGCUCUUCUUCGACGUCUCGGGCUCGCUGACGUACCUGGCCGUCGGCGCGCUGAGCCUGUACCUGCCGGCUCUUCGUGCGCGCGCGCUGGCCGCCGCUCAGGGGGCCGCCGUCCUGCCCAAGGUGCCGAGCAUCGCCCAGCUCGCCGCCUCGGCCUGGCGCGGGCACGCCGACACCGUCACCGGCGGCCGCAACUGGCGGCAGCUGGUGCUGGUCGGCCUCACCAUGGUGUGGGCGACGCGAUUGGGAACAUACCUCUUCUCGCGCGUGCUCAGCAGCGGCCACGACUCGCGCUUUGACAAGAUCCGCGACAAGCCCCUGCGCUUCGCCAGCGUCUUUCUGGUGCAGGCCGUCUGGGUCACCAUCCCGAUGCUGCCCGUCGUGGCGCUCGCCGCCGUGCCCGCCGCCGCCCUCCCCGCCGGCCUCGCCGUGACCGACGUCCUGGGCCUGUCGCUCUGGGGCGUCGGCAUGUUCUUCGAGGCCGUCGCCGACUACCAAAAGAGCCAGUGGGCCAAGCAGAAGAAGCGCAAGGAGCACGACGAGGAUUUCCUGACCAGCGGUCUGUUUAGCGUCAGCCGCUUCCCCCACUACUUUGGCGAAAUCUCCAUGUGGACGGGCAUCGCCGCCGCCGCGGCCGGCGUGCUCGCCCGCGCCCCUGCCCAGCGCGCCCUCGGCUGGACCUCGCCCGGCGGCAUCGUCGCCACCACGGCGCUGUGCGGCCUCAGCCCGCUGUUUAGCUGGUUCGUCGUGACGAAACUGUCGGGCGUGCCCAUGAGCGAGAGCAAGUACGACGAGCGCUACGGGCACCGCAAGGACUACCAAAAGUGGCGCAGCGAGACCCCGCGCCUGGUCCCGAAGCUGUGGUGA